UCAUCCACUGUUUUUUAUCAGAUAAGACUCAACACCGUCACCUGACAUCAUCAAAUCGAAUGAUAACGAGAUAACCAACGUCGAAAUCUUCAAUGACUAUUGGGCUAGAGUCCCGCAUCCAGGUGUUGCAAUGAGUAAUGCGGCCCGCGAGCUAGAUUUUGCUUGUGAUAUUUGUCGCGUCAAAAAGCUCAAGUGCUCAAAGCAGAGGCCGAUAUGUAACGGCUGUCUGCAUUAUGGCAGGCCUUGCCACUACAGCGGCAAAGUUCUCCGCUCGCCGCUCACUCGCGCUUAUUUGACGACUGUUGAGCGACGAAUGCAACAAUUAGAAGACCUGUUUUCUCAGUUGCAUCCCGACCUCAACAUCGAGGAGGCCAUUGCCGGUAUGAAAGAACGCCCUGCUUCAGCAGCAAGCAGCAGCAAACCAUCACCCACCGCAGAGGGUCCCCCCUCGGCAACGAGCACACAAAAGAAACUACCCGAAGACUCGAUAUCCGAAGCUGUUCCAGAAGAGGCCGACGGGUUCGACUGGCAGGAAGACGUCAAUGAGUUGGCAGAUGGCAUGGCAGCCUUGUCAGUGGCCCCCAGCGGGACAGGAUACUUAGGAUCGACUGCAGGCGUUUUCUUCUUACGAUCUCUACUCUUCUGGAUGGGGCAUUCCAAGGGGUUCUCCGAAAAUCAGACCAUUGCAGCCACCUCUCCCAGUUUCCUUCACCAAGCCGAAGCCUCGUCUCGUGUUUCCCAAACCCUAGCGUCGCGCCAAGUCAUGGAACAACUGAUAGACAGUUACUUUUGUGUCUACCAUCGAACCUACCCGUUUAUUCACGAGGCAACCUUUCGAGCCCAGUUCCACGAGGUUCUUCCACAACCACAACAGCGCUCGUGGCAAAUGCUCCUCCACACUGUCCUCGCCCUUGGGGCUUGGUGCCUGAACGAUUCGCAGUCAGAGCUGGAUGAUGGUCUUUAUCAUCGGGCAUUGUCGUUUGGAGAAGACGAGUCCAUGUUUGCGAGCGCGAAUCUCACUUUCGUGCAGGCCCUCGUGCUCCUAAGCAAUCUCAGCCAGAAACGAAACAAGCCGAACACGGGGUCGAAUCUAUUAGGGCUUGCUACACGAAUGGCGCUUAGUCUUGGGCUCCAUCGCGAACUGCCUCACUGGGACAUUAGCCUCCUCCAGCGGGAGAUGCGUCGUAGAGUCUGGUGGGGACUCUACAUAUUCGACAGCGGUGCGUCUACUACUUUUGGGAGACCUAUCCUUCUCCCAGACAAAGAAGCCAUGGAUGUCAGGGCUGUCAUGAACAUUCCCGACGAGUACUUGACUGCGACGACUGCCGCCCUUCCCGAUGAGUCGACGGAACCUACAAUCUACUCAGGAAUGAAGUGGCAAAGCAGUCUACACGUUCAUUCAAACUACAUCUCAAACCGCCUUCUCUCCUCCACUGGCGUUUCUUCGGAGGAUGCGUGGGCUAUGAAUCACGCAUUAGAUUCAUGGACAGAAGGUCUACCUCCGUACUUCCGACUCAACGAACAAUCAACUUGCACCGAUAAUUCGUUUGCAUUUGCCAGAUGCCGCUUGUGGUGGCGUUUCUGGAACCUCAAGAUUAUCCUCUUCCGGCAACUCAUGGUCAAGAGAGCCGUCGAGCGAAGUCAAAGAGGAGGCGCUGCAAUCACAUGGACCGACGCAGAUGAUAGGAGCAGAAAAGUUGCCGUCAGUGCGGCAAGCUCUACUAUUGCCUCGAUACAUGGCUUCUCCCAGACCGAAUUCGUGACGAGACUUGUCACCUGGUAUUCAGUCUUCUUUCUAUUCCACGCCUCGCUCGUCAUAUCUCUCGCGAUUUUAGGAGACUCGGAAUCUCAAACGCUACCCGAGUGGCAGAGCGAUCUUGACACGGCCCGAGAUGUGUUCCGCAAUGUCUAUGCCAACAACCCUCUAGCGCAACGCUGUGCAGACAUUCUCGAUCUGAUCGUUCCCGGAAGCAUAGUCGAAUCAAACGACUGGGAGAAUAUCCAGCUAGACCCGUCAUUGAUGGAACUUUCGAUGUGGGACACAGGAUCGGGCGACCUCCUCAGCUUCUUUGGAUGGCAGGAUCCGGGUCUGGGUCCGGGCCAAGCCUAAAGCUAGUUUGAUGCGUCAAGUAACUCAACUGAGAAUGCGAAUGUUUGGCUCUAUCAAGUUCGAUCGAAUGUGUUCGCCAUUGGGCAGGUCGUUAUUCUCGG